GCUAGCAGAGCGGAUGCUCCUCAGAUUAUUCAAACAUCCUUGGUGAUCGCCGAGUCGGAAUUCCAGGAUUUCUCUUGUCUACACACAGCAAAGAGUCGAAAGAUAAACACAAACUGCACAAGAAACGUAUCUUAUAUAAAGCAAGGAUACAUUUUGAAGCAAAAUACAACGCAUGCUCCGCCAGAUGGUUUAAUAAAUACAAGCCAGGCCACUUUGGUGUGCAACUAUGGAUGACCUGCUUGACUUUGGUUCUUCUUGUGGGAGCUUAAAAGCCAUUGCUGCUGAACUCAAAGAUGACUUUUACUCCAAACUUGCUGAUGACUUCCUUUGUGCCCAAAAUGGAGCUGUGUUAAAUCUAGAAGAAAAGCCUUGUAAAAACCGCAUGUUGGUUCAAGUUGGCCUCCUGAGGGAGGAACAUGACAUUUCAUGGGUUAAUUUAAUACAGUGGCUCCAAAAGCUCAUCCCCCAAUAUCAGUCUGCAGACUUCUGUGGCUUGAUUGUGAGAAACACCACAACAGCACUGAGCUUAUCCAGAGAUGCCAGGGAGAACUUUCUCGAGUCGGAUGUCAACUUUGAAUUCGUCGGACCUCUAUGUGAUACUAUCGGAAUCGGAAGAAAAGAUUUACUUGAAAUGUCCGACUUUUCAGACCGUGCUAAAUUAACCGGUCUCACAAAUGGCCUCGUUCUGGAAUUGACUAACUUUAUUGCACGAGAGAAAUUAGAGCCAACUGUGCUGGUGCCAUGGAUCCGUAACUUUGAGCCAUUAUUCUGUAGAGAUGGCAAGAUACGAAAUGCCUACAGGCCUCUGCGUGCAAGUCUGAGGAAUUUAAGGAUGCAGUACCGCAACAAUCAGAGUAGCCGAAAGAGGAGUCGUGGGUGUUUGGACGAAUUUCUUCAAAGUCCAUUCGAUCUUGAAUUUGACAGUGAUGAGACUGAAUACAGGAGUAUAGCAAUGGUAAAGGCACAUCUGAAGAAAAAACGCCGAACUGCCAUGAAUAAGGCUGAGAUCAAGGAGGAAGAUGAACCCGUGGAUAUUUCAAUGACAGAUGAACACGAUCGCAAACAGGCAGAGCAUGUGAACAGUGAAAACGGGGAACAGGGAUCCAAGACAAACUCUGUAACACAUUUAGAUGAUGUGGAAGACCCAAAAACCGACAACGGUGACUGUGUAACUCUUCUUGAUAUUUCUUUGCUCUCUUUGCAAAAGCUCGCUGAAAUGUAUGGAGGUAAGAAUGAAGUAGCAAAAGUGGUUUCAAUGGAUCUUCUUAAAAACCACUUCUCUGCAAUGCUGAAAGAAAAUGCCAACUUGAGAUUCUUAAAUGACAAAGUCUUGGCUUAUGUCUCAACAGAGGGUGGCAACUCUCUGUUAGUGCCACCUUUAAAAUUCCUCCAUUACAUCAGUCAAUUCCUUUCAGAAGUUAUUGAUAUAAUUGAGCAGCAAAUGAUGUCAUUUGAAAAAGAUAUUGUGAACACCACAGGAGAGAAACUUGGUCGCGACAAGCACCCCAAAUUUCGGAGCUUCCUCAACUUUGACGAGAGUACUGUGACCCGCUACAUCCACAUGGCUUCUGAAAUUUUGUGUCCAAGAGAGGAGACCAACCCUAACUACCGAAGACACUGGCUUGCUUUUUGCGCCGAGAAAGAUAACUGCUCUAGGUUGCCUAUCAAUCAUUCCAAUCGCAUCAUUAACUACUUUGAAGCAGCUGCUGGACUUGUUCACCAUUACGAAGAUGUCGCAUUGUUUGUAUCUGAUUUGCAGGAUCUAAACGAUGACGCAAAUAUCCUGUUGGAGAGCGUCACUGCGGAUGCAAGCGAUGAGAAUAUGCAAGCGCUGGUCUGUGUGGUUGCCAUUGUCUACCUUAAGGUUUUGGGACCCUUGUGGCAGCUGCUGAAGAGUGAUGGAGAAUAUUAUCUUUUCAGUAGGUACAUUUAUUGCCUGUACGAUAAACUCUUGGAAUGGUCGAAAGAUACGAGCCGGCUUAUGCAGCCAGAAGCGUUAUUGAACGUAUUCUUACAGCUUCCAGUGCAAGAGAGCAAUUUCAGGGGAGUGUUCAAAUACUGUCGUGUCAAUGCAGAGAACCAGUACGGCACUCUCGUGAGAGCUUGUUUACAGAGGAUGAUGAAAGCGCUCGCGGCAGUAAUGGAGGAAAAUCUCAAAGAUUUCCUUCCCGGAGGAGAGUACUGCAAAGAGCUGCCUACAGAAAUAAAUGUGCAGAUGUCAAACUGCACAUUUUCACAGUUGAUGGGGGAGUACCCAUUUGGUCACGCGUAUCCGUAUGAGAAGAACAGACCUGAUAAAACUCCUGGUCCGGCAGAGGGGGGCGUUUCCCAAGAGGCUGAAAGAGCAACUGCUCCCCAAAAGACGACGGAUGAACCUACAUUUCCACCACCCGUGGUCACGUUAUCUCCUGUUAAACCCGUCCAAAAACAACAACGUCAAAUGUUGAAACGCCCCCUUGUCUUCAAAGUGCCGAAUCUCCGUGAUGCCAGAAAAAUGAAGGUGAACAGAUUAAAGCAAAAAGCUCAAGAUCACGUUUAUAAGAAGAUGAUUAUCAGAGCGGUUUCCAAAAAUGGUGGUCCGUGUAGAAGCCAGCAAGAUGUUGAACGAUUGCUCACGAAGUUAGAAGGUGCAACCCAGAGAGAGAAAUGUGAGGCCUUCCGCUGUGAACUGAACUAUCAGAAGUGCAUCAUGGGUUCUAGAGACAAAAAACUUAAUCACUUUGGUUUCUCGCUAACAGAAAUGAUUUCUGCAUUGAAGGAUGUCUUGCCAAACGAGAAAGUGCCAGUUACAACACCAGCUGUACCAAAAUUUGGUACAAGCAAAGGUUCAGACAGGCAUAGCCAAUAAAAUACCAAAGACCAACACCAUCUACAGACCCUUAAAGCACUGGUUCACUGUUUAACAAGUGUAUGGAUAAAAAACCUAAAAAGUUGAUUUCCAUGAGACCUUCGAAUUACCUUGAUUGUCUUGUUGAAAUCGUUCUUCUUGCAUUUGUUACUUUUUUGCAUAUACAACUUUUUAAGGUUUUAGAUGUUCAGUAUAUAGUUUUGUGUCCCAUGCGAAGCAAUCAAGUUGUUUCUCACAUUUCUUUCAUUAUGUUUGUAAAAACUUUUGUAAAACAUUUGCAUCAAUAAAGAUGUUUUUUUUCUUAAACCUACUUGUCUUGACUAUUUCACAUUACAUUUUGUUUUUAAUAUUAUCUUACAAUUAGUUUUAUUUUUACUAUUUAAGAACUUAUUAUCACUUUAAAUUUUAAUAAUACGGUCGGUGAGAAAAUUUGGAUCAUUUAGCAUCAACAAAUGUCAUGCUUCUGUUUCCUUGAUAAGCUUAAUUUUGAUCACGUUGUUAUAUGGUCUUUUUUGUUCAAUUCUUAGCAAAUGACAGUUUUGCUUGAAACAAAUUUACCACCAAUAGCAUCUUCAGUAUCUUUAGUACACCAGCUUCACUUGUUUUCUACUAGAAAUAUUUAUUAGUUUAUUAAUCAAGCAGCACAAUGGCUGAAAAACUAUUAACUUUAACAGCUGUCUUUGUCAUUUGUAGUGGGUGUAAAGUCAUUCACUAUAAACCAAAGUAAUCACAUAUAAUUUAGUUAAUAUAAAAGGGUUAAGUCAUAUGUUAACUAGUUAACCACAUAAUUAUCAGUUUGACUACAAGAAUUUGUACACACUCUUUUGAUGUUUUAAAAUGACUUUUAACUGAUUU